CUUUUCUUCUCUUGUUCCUAGUCACACAUCCAGCCUGUUUGUGACUUCCUGACUGUGGCAACCGAGAAGAAUGUUUUAAUCCAAACGAGGAGGAGGGGGAAAGAUGGGCCACUGGGAGCAGCUCCUUCAAAAGAGCAAUCAAAACCCAGUCCUGCAUCUUUGCCGUUUCAGGAGGAAUUCUGCCACAGAAGGGUUCUGGCAUCGGUAAUGAGCAAUGGGGUAUGAUGUAGCGCGCUUUCAGGGCGAUGUGGACGAAGACCUUAUCUGCCCCAUCUGCAGCGGGGUCCUGGAGGAGCCAGUGCAGGCUCCCCACUGCGAGCACGCCUUCUGCAACGCCUGCAUCACCCAGUGGUUCUCCCAGCAGCAGACCUGCCCCGUGGACCGCAGUGUAGUCACGGUCGCUCACCUCCGCCCCGUCCCCCGCAUCAUGCGGAACAUGCUCUCCAAGCUGCAGAUCACGUGCGACAACGCUGUGUUCGGCUGCACGGCCGUCGUGCGACUCGACAACCUGAUGUCUCACCUCCACGACUGCGAGCACAACCCAAAGCGGCCGGUGACGUGCGAGCAGGGAUGCGGCUUGGAAAUGCCCAAAGACGAGCUGCCGAAUCACAACUGCAUCAAGCACUUGAGGUCCAUGGUGCAGCAGCAGCAGACCAGGAUCGCCGAGCUGGAGAAGACGUCGGCGGAACACAAGCACCAGCUGGCGGAGCAGAAACGGGACAUCCAGUUGCUGAAGGCCUACAUGCGAGCCAUCCGCAGUGUCAACCCCAACCUGCAGAACCUGGAAGAGACCAUUGAAUACAACGAAAUCCUAGAGUCCCGGCCCGCCAUCAAGCGCUCGCGGGUGGAGAGCGGCUGCCCCACCUCCAUCAUCAACGAGCUGAUCGAGAACGCCCACGAACGGAACUGGCCGCAGGGCCUGGCCACCCUGGAGACCCGCCAGAUGAACCGGCGCUAUUACGAGAACUACGUGGCCAAGCGCAUCCCCGGCAAGCAGGCCGUGGUGGUGAUGGCCUGCGAGAACCAGCACAUGGGGGAGGACAUGGUGCUGGAGCCGGGCCUGGUGAUGAUCUUUGCACACGGCGUGGAGGAGAUCUAAAGACUUUUAAAGAGAGAGACAUUUUGUGCUUGAAAAAAAAAGAACAAAACCCCUUUGUCUAAGCCGCUGCCCCCUCCCCCUCCCCCGUCGGUCACAGCAUUAUAUCAGGGCAUUAUUCCUCCAAGCGCGUGGCUCCUCAUUGACAAGCGAUUCCCGGCCUCGGGGGCCCUCCCGUGGGUCACGGAGCAGCCCCCCAGCAGCGCAGGCAAAUGGCGGUUUGCCUUGUGCCAGACUCCGUGGGACUCCUACCUGGCUUUGUAUAGCACCGGGCCCCUAGAAAGUGGGGGCUUUUGACGGGCCUGGAUACUGCCGUCUCUGUGGCCUCCUGCCGCGACCUGAACCAAAAGGGGCCAGUGGGUCUCGGCGUGGGGCCAACCCGACCAUUCACCUUCACUCUGAAGCUUUAAGCCCCUCCCUCGUUUCUUUUCUCGCUCUGCGGGAAAGCCGCAGCUCUCCUGCCGGGCGCUUGCCCGGGGCCUGGGUUUGUGUGGACAGGCCCCACUUCGCAGCCGUGGGAGAGGGGUGGGGCCGGGGAAGCUGCUCGUGCCCCUGACGUGUUGGCCGGGAGCUACGCUGCAGACACGAGCGAUGCCAAAUAGCCGCUCCCCUCCCCGCACGGUCCUGUCGCCAUCGAAACGCCACGGCCUUUUGAAGCCAAACAGCCGAGCUUCCGGAACUUGGACGUGUGGCCUUACGCGGCACCGGGGAGAAAUCCGGCUUCAGGCGGGGCAGCCUCCCGCAGGGAACUGAUCCUCCAGGGCCGCUAAGUGGAAUUAAACUCUUCUUGGACAGCUCUUCCACCUCCUCCUUUCUCCCCUCCCGCUCCGAGCCUCCCGAAUGCGCCUGUGGCUCGGCUCCCCGGAGGAGGAGACGGGCUGCUGUCCCAUGGACAGCCUUCCUACCUGCCAGGGACGGCUGCCACGGCUUCUUACCCAGAACGUAGGCUAAGCCGUUCUGUCUGUCUGUCUGUCUGUCUGUGCUGGACAGUCCACAAAGAGCUUUAUGUAUUUUUUUUUUCCAGACACUUGGUGGUGAUUGCGGUUCAGUUUCGGGGGGUUUUGUACUUUAUUUUGGCCUUGUUUGUUUGUAUUUUUUCCUUUAUUUUAUUUUUUAAAAUACAGAGGACGGAAUCCCGCCAGGUUCGAUUAAGUUUACUUGUCGGGAAUUUAAUUUAUUUGCAUUUGUGAGGGGGUUUGUGUUUUUGGUUUUGUUCCUUUCUUUCAGUGUUGGUCAUGCCUGGGAACUUUAUUUCCUCUUUCGCUCAACUUUAUUUCCUCUUUGUGCCCAUGGUGGCUGCGUGUGGUCCAGGGAGAGAUUUGUCAAUAAAUAAGUGUGUGCUGAUUGCAGACGUUAACAA